AUGGCCGACGUCUCAGCUGAACUGCUUCGACAGAACGAAUGGUGCGAAGGCGCCAAGGUUAAGCAUCCUGGCUGGCUGACGCGGCCAGGUAUCUGGGCGGAAUGUUUGGUCCUAAACGAAUUCACCAGUCCAGCAGUGCUAUCAUCAGUGGAAUCGUAUGAGGGAAGCAAAUCCACAAGGCGUCGCGCUUCUGUUGCGAGGGACGGAUGA